UUUGCCUAGUGAGAGGAGGGGUUGGGGGAAAGGGAGGAAGUUUCUCCGUUUCUGAUUAUGCGCAGAGUUUCCUUGUACUGAGCUUAUGUUCUCCACCCACUACUUAGUAAGAACUCCUUAACAACUUAAAGCUUUAUCCCUGUGAGUACCAGAAAAGUGAUUUGAGUAUUUAUUGAGCAGGGAGAACAAACUGCUUGCUCCAGGCAGGGAGACAGCUUAUGGAAAUGAUAUUAGACCUUCAGCAAAGUGCACAGCUGCAUCAUACAGAAGCUGAGACUCAAACUGACAGGCAAAUAAGCCAGAUCAAGGAAGGGGCCUCUGUGUGGCAGCUCUGAGCUACCAAGUGUUGGACAACUAGGCAAAAAGUGCAGUGGAACAGGGCAGAAAAUAGCACACUAACUUCAGGCAACUGUUGCUUUUUCAUGGCCUGGAAAGCAACGUUUUCUGUCAAUAGCAGCUUCUGUCUGGUGUGAUGCCCCAUUCUUGUGCUGACGCUACAUGUAGUACUGAGCAGUACUGGAAAGGGGAAGAGGUCUCUUGGAAUAAGGAAAAAGGAGUAAAUCUAGCAACAUGUGUAGCAGACUCAAGUUGGAGAAUACUAUCAAGGCAGAAACAAUCAAGCUCUUCAGAUACUCAUAGCAUGAAGUCAAAGCCAUGGAUGUUCACCACUCUUAGAUCCGGGGGCAGAGGGAAUUGCAACAAGUACUGUCUGCAGUCGCGCGGCUGGUGGUGUGGCACAGACAGAGCAAGGGUUACAUCAAGGCUGUUCUCUGGACCGUGCAAACAGUCUAGACCAAUGACCUGCAGCAUCAUGCCCUUUGAAGAAGAGGCAAGUUCGGUCACGACGAAGAAAAAUCAAGGCGUACCCCUUUUAACAAUAGGGAGCAGCUCGUGGCUGCAAAGAGGAUUUUGUCAUGCUGCACAUCCUAAGAAGCUACUAGAUGAAGUAAAGGCAGAAAAACACAGAGGAGAGCCUGGGUUAUGGUUUGUUUGGUGCCUGCCUGCCUUUCAGUUUUGCAGCGGAAGCAUUGAUCGUUCUUACCACCUCACAACCUACAGAAGCUAUAAAAAGUAUGAAGGACAAAAGAAUCUACAUCUGUACUUGCAGGAUAGUGGAAGACAGCUGUCCAAACAGACUGCGUUUUUGGUCAUAAAUUUAUUGGAAGAUAAGUGUGUUUUAUUAAUAAGAAUGUGCAUUUUUGAUAUUUCCUUUGCAGUCAGCAUAGAGCUGAAUAUAAACCCACUUAAUCAUUCUGAAUACUAGUACUGGUAGAACAGGAGUGAAGUCCUCUUUUUACAAUAUAUGACAUUUUCUUCUGAAAAUUUUCUUUCAAAAAUAAGGAGAAGCUAAAGAAAUAGAGGGUAAAAUGUCACACUUUGGCUGGAACUAUGGAUGAGUCACUCCUAAAAAUGUGUAUCCUACAGAGUAGUCCCCAUCCACCAGAUUACAUUAUUUUCAGUUAUUGGACUAUGCUGACAAAAUCUCUCCUCCUACCAGCAGAAGUGGUUGUUUGCUUCCGCCUUGAAGAAAAUGUAGCCUAUAUGUAAUAUGUGCAAUCUGCAUUAUUUUUGUGUAGAUGAUACCUUGAAUUGUUUGUAAGUCAAGAAGUUUGUGCACUCUGUAUAUUUGUCAAACCAGUAUGCAGAAGACAUUUUCCAUUUCUUUCCCUUCUUUAGAGUCUUUUAGUCAUUCUAAUUACUAGCAUAUAUCGUAAAAGUUUAUUACGCUAUUGAAUGUUACCCAGUCAUUUGUGAUUGGGAAUUAUUCUUGGAAAGAUACAAUAGCUUCAAAUAACACCUGUAUUUCCCAAAUUUGACAAAAUUGCAGUAUACUGAAAAAUUAACAAUAUGGAAUGAUAUGUUUUUUUAAAAAGCUUAUAGAAUACAUUGAUCAAAGUUGAGCUUAACUGUUAGAAAACUUUAUAUCCUCCAAUUUUUCAUUAAAUAGAAUGAAUCUGAAGUAACUCUAUAUGUUGGGGAAAAAAAAAUCAUUUCCCUCUUACUGAAAAGCCUAAAUAUAAAGAAUGCCAUUGUUUGCUGAACAUGUGGCAUCCAGUCUGGUUCAUAUUAAGUUGAAGUUACUGCCAUCUGGUGGGGAAAAUAGUAUUAUAUCCGUACAAUAGGAAGUAAUUCCAUUAGAAUCUCCAGGAAGGAAAAAAACAAACCUUGAGAAGUGAAUAUUGUGUGAAUGUGUAUGUGUGUUAUGUGUAUAUGUGUAGAUUAAUAAUAUAUAAUCAGGUACAAAAUGUUUCCCGAGAAGAUUCCUUUGUACAGCUGGAGAUUUUACAUUUCAUGCAUUUUAUUUAUUUAUUUAUUUAUUUAUUUAUUUUUGCGUAGCACUUUCUAUGGUAGAGAUUACCACUACUUAUUGCUGCAAAAACAUCUGAGCUAGCUCUGUCUUAGUGCAGCAUUCUUAGAUUUUACCUUUGGUGCAGCAAGUUUGCUCCUCCUUGAAUCCUGACACAUACUUUUGUUAACUUUUUCCUGAUUCCUGAGGGAAGAGCUCCAUAGGAGCAAAUUUGUAUCUCUAUCAAGUAGUGCAUGAGGGCAGUCUGGGGGGCAUCUUACACAUAUAAAAUUAAUUGGGUUGUUUUCUCAAGGAGCUAACACUCUUAUGUUGGAUGUAACAGUGCAGUGAAUGAUAGGCAAAAUGGUAAUAGAGGAGAGAGAUUCAGUUGUUGAAGACAGUGUCAUUUAACUAUCCAUAGUAAUAAGCUGCUCAGUACCAUAUAAGAGUAAUAACUUGUAUCCAGAAUGUGUUCUUAUUUCAUUGUUAUAGUGUCAGAAGACCGCAGUCAAGAUUAGGUUUCCUUUAUAAACAAGGAGUUUUUUUUGCUGGUAGAGAACAGUAGAAGGGGUCCUUUGCUCUUAAUCUGAGGAAUAAAUUGCCAUUUUCUCUACUAUAGAAACAUGUUUUAUUAGGUUCAUAUCAAAAGUGUAUCUUUUAACUGCCAUUCUCUGAUGCUGAGAUUCAAAGGAAAGUUAGGGGAAUCCAAGUGUCUUACAUGGUUCAUAGUGGCUUAGUCAAACUCUCGGCACUCCUGCAUUGGCCACAGCCCUCCGGCUGCAUGCUUAGCCCCCGAUGGCAGCCCAGCUUUUAUCAGCAAGCAAGUGCUGAUGUUGGUUGAGGUAAGGCUAGAGGAGGCACAAAUGGCCUCAUCAUUGCUCAGGCGUGGCUGUCUCCAGCCCUCAGUGGUGCGUGAAAGUGCUCAGCAGAGGGCUUGAGGGGCCUGGAGGCCCCUGCACUCUGAGUCUGGGUAAUUCUGGUCACUGGGGAGGCUUGCUUCAUACCUUGUGCCAAGAUGGGUGGCAGAGUACCAUUAGAUUCUUCUUUAAAGGGGUAAGUAUAUGCUCUCAUCCUCUACUUAUGUACAGGAGGUAUAUUAUUCUGAUGAUGCCCUCUACAUAGUCCUAUCUAUUUUUGGUCAGGAACAUUUUUCUUCUGUGUAAAUCGUGCUUCAAAGGGCUUUCUAACGUUGUCGUCUACAGAAAUGUUUUGUUUCUUUGUCUGCUCAAUGGCUUGAGCAGUGACAUCCCAAAGAGGCCUCGUGCUGAAUGCUAGGUUACAUUCCUUCAGACUGUCUAGAUUGAAUUGCAGUGGCUCACUUGGUUGAAAAGAUGUGGAGCUCUGCUUCCUAUAUAGAGAAAAUUUCCAUUCCUGUCCUAUACAGGGCAACUUAUGUGAUUCUUGGUUUGUACAUUUACAAAGUGCAUGAUCAAGCCUGGUUGGUGUAGAAGCCAGAUUCUUUUUGUUCUUAGCCAUGACAAUUACGUUUUCAAAGGAGCAGGUGAAGGGGUCCUACAAUUCUGUGAAUCUCUUCAUCCUUGAGUUUAAUUAAACAAAAUGAACAAAACAAAAAACAAACAAAACAAACAAAAAAACAAACUGAUGAUAACUGGUUUUCUGCACACCUUUUAGAAGUUACUGUGAAUGAGUUAAGUGUUGUUGCAGAAAAAGAUAUCUCUCAUCUCUCAUCAUUCUUUUUUUAUUUUGUUUAAAAUUCUUUUUUACUUGGUUGUUUUUUGCUGCAUGUUGUAGUUUUUUGUUUGUAUUUUGUCUUCUUCCUUUUUCUGAACUCUCUAGGAGUCAGAAUCCUGCCCAGACAACAUCUUUCAAAAAGAAAACCAUUGACCUUGUAAUCCUGUCAUUCUGCUUUUAAGACUACGUUGCACAUGCAGGUGUCUGAUUUCUUCAUAGGUUUUAGAGGAAGUAUUUCUUCAUGACUUUGCAAUGUAAUUGCCUAAUUGUUUUUCAAGGAGACAGACACUUUUUUCACAGUAAGACUCUUACUGGAAAGGUUUACCCAUAAUAGUUAGAGCACUGGGCGGUACGUGACCACAUAUUAAGGAAGUCCUUCAAACUCAAGCCCACAGCUGCUUACCAGAGAACCGUACAGCGCAAAGAGCUCUCUCUGACUCAGGCUAGUUUGCACAAGGCAGAAAAGUGAAACAAAUUUUAGAAGGGAAGUAAUCCAUGAUUCCCUCUUCCAGCCUCCAACUCUCAACAUAAAGUGUACUUUGUACUGUAUAACAGAAGUACCUAGUUUGAUUAGCUCUUGAUUACAAAACUGGCUUCUUUUUCUUUUCACUACUGCAGACAAAAUAAGCAGCAUUUAGCCAGUUUUUGAAAACUUGGUGUCAUUGAGAUUCAAGCUUUCUGGAAUUUCUUUUCUCCUCUCCCCCCGCAAUAUAGCUUCACAUAUUUAUUUAUAGUCCCUUGGGUUUAAUAAGUAGUUUGAUAGCUAGAAGGUAAUUGCCAUCUGCGCUGAGGAUAACUGAAUUAUAAAAGAGAAGAUUAUAAAAGUGAAAGAUGAUAUAAUGCAAGACAAAGCUAGAAGGUUGUACCUUCUGAACCAAAAAUGAUCACCUUGUAGACAGUUUGUUAUGAUGGGAUAGAGAUUGAUGUUAUAUCACAUGAAUUAAUUGAGAAUGUAGAAUGCAUUAAAAUCUCUCAAAUUUCAGCUUUUUAAAUCAAAAUUGACUACAUACAUAUCCUUACUCAAUGAGACGUUGUUGCAGAAAUGACUCUUCUACU